AAGCAAGUGAAAGGUGCUGUGUGGCUCAAGACCAGCUCUCCUCCCUAUUAUCUGCCUACAAGAUGCUGGCCCGCGCUCUCCGAUCGUCUGCGCUGUCGCGCGCCGCGAGCCGCCGCUUCAUCGGUGGGUUCGCUGCUGAUGUGUCUGCACCCACCGUGUCUGAGAAAGUAGUGAACGUGGUGCUCGUGGACUACGAAGGCAACCGCCACGUGGUCAAGGGCCGCGCUGGACAGACACUCCGUCAGGCCUGUGAGAUGAACAAUGUGGGCUACAUCAAGGACGACUCGAUGGGCGGUGGAGGUGUGUACGAUGCUCGACGCGCCGACUUUUACACCGAGUCGCUCUUCGGCGAGGGCUCGACGUCCCCGCAGUCGCACGUUGUGGUGUCCAACGAAUGGAUCUCCAAACUGCCGCCUGCCAACAACCAGGAGCGCCACAUUAUCGACAAGUACGUCCCUGCCGAAGACCGCUCGGCCAAUUCGCGUCUGGGCACGGAGAUUGUGCUGCAGAAGGAGCUGGACGGGCUCGUUGUGGCUGUGCCUGAAGCCCCGCCUGUUGAAGAGUACGAGUACGAACACGAGUACGAUGAGGACGAUUACGAGUCUUACGAUGACGAGCACCAGCAGCAAGCCUAAGCCCACGGUAAACGGAGGACACCAAAGCGAGUGCGUCGAAGGAUCAGACUGGAGACAAACAAACCGACUCCAUCGCCAUAACUAACAAGAAAAGAAAAAGAAUGCAAGGUAACAAAUCGCUCUUGACGCCUGUGUCUCCGUCUAACACGCUUAGUCUUUGGGCUUUUUCUUCUGUGCAGCUUUCUUCUUCUCCAGCUCGAGUUUCGAGCGGUUCUUGAUGUCCUGGCGCUUCUUCACAACGUUGGAAUCGCGGCGUUCAGGGGAAAAUUGUCUCCUAGGCGGUGAUCCUUCAUGAUCACUAUCGUCUGUGUUGUUUCCAGUAUCAUCCCGUUCAUCGUCCUCGUCAUAGUAAUCCUCGCGAUCGUCCUCGUCAAAUUCGAUGUCCACGUACGGAUUCAUUUGUCGCUUUUCGGUUCUCGACACACGGAUGUUGUAGCGCACCUUGUCAUCGUCACUGCGUGUGUCCGAUGGAAGCCCCGCAGAAUCUCCCGAUUGUCCUGC